ACCGGUUUUAAGUAUGUAGUGUUUUUCUUUUGGCCCAAAAAUAUGUAGGGUUUUAAGUCCUUUCCCUCCAGUUCCUUGAGCCCUUUUUCGUCGUCUCCUGGUGCCGCCCUCGCCGUUCGCGGCCGUUCUCCUCCAACCCAAAGUCGUUCGCCGCCGAUCUCUGCCAUAUGUUCCUGCUUCAUUCUGUUCUAUACUUAAUUUUACUUCCAUUUGCAAUGCUCUGUAUGUUCACCUGCAACGCUAUCUGCAUUCAUUCUUGAGAAUUAGAAACGUUGAUGAUUCCAAGCAAUUUGAUCAUUGUUUGAAAAUGUUGAUGCACUGACUACUGCUUGACUUGUACGUUACUGUAAGGUUUAAAUUUUAUAAUUUUUCUUCAAGUUAGAGAUUGCUCAAAAUCUGCUACAAGGAGUUGAGGACCUUUGGCUCUUAAACCUCUAUUAAGCAUUACCCAUCUCUCUGAAACCCUAAUUCUUAAACCCACUAUUGUUUUCGUAUUCUCAAUCCGCCUAUCAUGAGGCUCUUAUCCUCACUUUCCUCUCUCUGUUCUUCUUCUUCUUCCUCCUCCUCUGUUUCUUUUCCAACACGCGCUCUACUUCUUCACUUUUCUCAAUUAUCAACUUAUUCGAGGUGCCACGACGAGGAGUCUCGAAAUGUGAGAGUUUCGGUAUGGUGGGACUUCGAGAAUUGCAACAUUCCUGCUGGUAUCAACGUCUUUAAGGUCGCUCAUUUAAUCACUGCGGCUGUAAGGGCCAAUGGCAUCAAAGGUCCUGUUCAGAUUACUGCUUUUGGUGACGUUUUACAGCUCUCCAGGGCGAACCAGGAGGCUCUCUCUUCUACUGGAAUUAGCCUGACCCACAUUCCUCAUGGUGGUAAAAACAGUGCUGAUAGGUCUCUUCUUGUAGAUCUUAUGUACUGGGUUUCUCAAAACCCUCCACCAGCACAUCUUUUUCUAAUUUCUGGUGACAGGGACUUUGCCAGCAUUUUGCAUCGUUUAAGAAUGAAUAAUUACAAUGUGUUGCUAGCAAGCCCUGAAAGUGCUCCUGGUGUUUUAUGCAGUGCUGCAAGCAUCAUGUGGCAUUGGCAUGCUUUGAUUAGAGGGGAAAAUCUAGUUGGAAGGCAUUUUAAUCAACCACCGGAUGCUCCCUACAGUUCUUGGUACGGCCAUUAUAAGGUUUCUCUUGAAAGCCCAUUUCCAGAUAAUGAGCAACCAUCUUCUUUACGAACUGAGGAGGUUUUUGAGCCCAGUGCAGAUCCUAAGCCUCGUCCCAUUCCAAAUACAGUCAUUAGGCAAAUACAUAACAUUUUGAAAUUGUAUCCCAAAGGACUCCUCAUUACAGAACUCCGCUCAGAGUUGGGAAAGAGUCCUAUAUCUAUGGAUAGGGACUUUUAUGGUUACAAAAAGUUUUCUCGCUUUCUUUUGUCAAUGCCACACAUUUUAAAGCUUCAAACAAAUGAUGAUGGCCAAUUUAUUGCCUGUAUGGUCACUCCAAAGCGGCCCAAAGAACCAUUAGGGUCCAGUAGAGGUACAUCUGUUAAUGGCACUGAAAAGCAGGACCCUAAUCUGAUAGCGAAGUUAAAUAAUAAUGUUUCCUCAACAGAAUCGACGUGUGUACCAGUCCUUCCAUCCAAUGCCCAAGACAAACCAUUGAAGGUGAAACCAUCUUCCAAAUUUGGUAAGCCUAUUAGUCUAGCCAUGGAAGGGGAAUCAUCAAGAUGCCCGGUUUUGGAGCCACAUGUUAUAGAAGAUUCAAAGCAAACCAGUAAAUUUGAAGGCAACAGUAAUAUGACUCUUUCAAUUGAACAGCAUUCUAAGGCCAAGACAAGUUUUUUGAGUAGAAUAUGGAGAAGGCUUUUAGGCAAUAAUGACACUAAUUCUAAAAAUGGAAGUCAUUGUAUUUCUGAAAAAUGUUCUACAUCAAAUGAUACUUCGAAUCAGAAAAGUUGUAGUGGCCUUGUUGCAACUUAUUCUAAGGACAGCCCUGGGGAGGCAAAAACUGAUGGAAGAACUGCUAUGCCAAUGAGUGAAGAUGCUAAUUCAGUGCAUCAAGUUUCAAAUUCAUCUGAUCUCGAGUCUGCUAAGCUUCAGAAAACAGUCAUAGUUGCUAAUGCACAUGAUGAUAAAUCUAGUUCUAAUCUAGGACUAUUUGGUAGCAUUAGAAAUUGGCUCAAGUUUUGGGGAAAGAAAACUGAGAACGAUGAAACCAGUGAGCAUUGUUGUGAACAAAACCAGUUAAAGAAUCAAUCUGGAAAACAUCAUCUUUUUUCCAGCAAUUCUUUUUGGCAAGACAUGCAAUCCUUUAUGGAAACACCUAAAGGAGUUGAGAUUAUUUCGCGUUCAAAAACCAGGUCGGAGAUAGCUCAAAAUCUGCUAGUGGGAGGACCUCCCGUUCUUAAAUCUUUAAGCACUAGUGAUCUCUUCGACUUCUUGGAAUUGUUAAUAUCAGAUAAGAAAUGGGUGGAGGAAUUCCCAUCUGAAACAAAUCCUUUUAAGCUCACUCUCUCUAUUGCUAGGAAAAGGUCUAGCACAGAACCUUUGCAUCGUGCAAGUGGAUUGACAUCAAUCUUUAUGAACAAAGAGUCACAGUGCAGCUUCCAGGGAUCUCGAGGACAUGAUUCAGAUUCAGAUAAGAAAAAUGAAAAUAUUCCUCAAGCUACAACUAUGACUAAAAACAAGGUUGCAGAGAGGACGAGAUGCGAGAUAUUAGGCGACUGUCAAAAGCUUGUGGAUGAGAUCUUGAGGGAUCACCCAGAAGGUUAUAAUAUUGGGGCCUUCAGAAGACUGUUUUUUGAGAAGUAUGGGUAUCAUCUUAAUUUGCAAAAGCUUGGUUACCCUAAGUUGGCAUCCUUGCUACAAAUAAUACCUGGAGUGACAAUAGCGUCCACCUUUAUAAUUCCUACCAGUAAAGCCCCAAAAGUUUCCAAGCUGGAAACAACUCUUCUCAGUGAUUAUGAGAAAAACACAUCUGGUACCGUAGCAAACUCCGAUGAUGAAUCUAACCUGCCUAGAAAGGAUGAUGAUUUUGAAUCCACGUGGGAAGAAUUAGGUCCAGCAUGCACAGAUUGUAGCAGUGAAAACAAAGCGGAAUCCGCAUUGAAUAGUGAAACAACAGAAGCAAUAGAGAAACAACCAAAAUUUUGUUAUGAACCUGUCCUUUCGGAGGAUGAAUCAACGGAAACUGAUGAAGAGUCUUGUCCUGCUACAGAAGUGCCAGCGAAACAACGAGCUAAUGAGGAAGAAAGUUCAUUAAUACAGAUCCUUGAUUCAUGGUAUAGCAGCAAAGAAAACGGUAAGAAUGACAAGGCAGAAAAUAGCUACGAGACGAUUGAUUGUUCUGAAAAUAGUUCAAAGCUUUCUAGUUUAGUUCCCAAAAGUGAAGUAAAUACAGGAAGCUUUGCUAGAAAGCAAAGACGUCAAAAGAGCUAUUCUUUUGUAUCAGACACUAAUUAAAAUGACAAGAAAAAGCUGAUCGAUGGGAUUUUGGGUACCGUGAAGAAAUUGAGCAAGUCCACAGAUACAUAACUGAAUCUAGCAUGAUGGAAAAUAUAGUUCAGAACAAUUUUUUUGGAUCAAGUAUUCAUAAUACCGCAUCGGUUUUUUUUUUUUUUUUUUUUUUUUUUUUCCCCUUCCCGUAGGAAAAUUAUUAUUUGUUAUUUCAGUUAUACUAGACAAAGAUAAUCCUCAGUUGUUUAGAAAGGGUUGUUGGCCCUGUAAAGUGGAUGGUGGUAUAUUACACUAUCACCCUCUGACCUUCCAUUACAAGCAAUUUUGAUGUUUAUUACCUUA